GUGCUAUUUCAACAGAAAAGCGUGUUGUUUGUUUUGAGAUUUUUGAAAAACAAAAUCAUUUGAAUUUCUGUUUCUCUUAUAAGUUAAUCAUUUACUUUCGCUGUUAAUUGUUAGAGAUUAAUUAUGUAUCCCUGGUCUAGUGAUCCAUCGUUUAAACAAGUGAUGAAAAUAAUAGAUCCUUAUAGUGAUGUGAAACCUUCAAUUUCUCAGUACGAGUUGGCUCGUGAUCGAUUAAUCUUAUGGCAAGUAAAGUCUCCGACUUUUGACCAUCUCCCCGAAAUUGAGGCCACUUUUCUGAUCUCUGCUGUUCUUAAAGACCGAAACAUCUUUGGCGAAGAAGGUGAGGUCACCGGAAGAUUAACCCACAAAUACUAUGAUAUUUGUACUUUCUACGGAAUGUCAAUAGUUAAAUUCUGUAAUCUUUUGCCCUAUUAUGAGAUGACAAAGAAGAAGAAGAUUAAUCGUGUUAUUAAGAAGUCCAGGAAAACAGUUCGUGAUUUGGGUCUUGCGCUCGAUCUACCUUCAUGGGUACUUGAAUGUCGCCACGCUACUUGCCACGCAUCGACCAAUUCCUUGAUUCUAUUGCGACAAGCUAAUACCUUUUGUCUCACGUGGAUUUAUUGUAACUAUUGGGCAAAAAUAGUCGAGGAAGAGGCCGGAAGACCAGAGUGCGAUGAUUUGGAUAAACUUGAAAGACAGGUCGAAGUAUGGAUAACAUUGCAUUCGCAAGGAAAAAGUCUCAAAAAACAGAUAACCAAUUUAACAUUAGAAAAACCUGAACAAACUGUUCCCAUUAUCGUAGAAAUUUUAGUUCGAGAAUCAAGUAAAAAACUUCCGAGAACGGACAUGGAUCUUGGUGAACUUCCAUUUGGAAUAGUUAAAUUUUAUGCCAAAGUAAUUCGACUCAUACACAACACUGACUUUCUAGAACUGUUUAUCCAUCAUUUAACCCGAAAAUUUGACGAUUCCAACCCAAGAGAAGCCAGAAUUUCCGUUCUCUGGUUCAAAGUUAUCACUCGAUGCCUUGCAAAUCAAGCGGAUGAAAAUGUAACCGAAACCUUAUCACUUCCACAAUUAGAUCCUGACACGGCCAUUAUUUUGUGGCAAAGGAUACUUUACAAAGCGAUUAGGAAAUUAACCAAACACACAUUCGAGAUCGUUGAUCAUUUGUCCAAUCUAAUACCAACAGAAUCUGUUCCAGAAAAGAUCAUGGAUCUAUUAAUUCAACUUGCAAUUCAAUCAACUACUGUGACUAAUGAAAAAAAGACUGAUUCAAAUAAAUCAGAUGAAUCAAAGGAAGCAAAAGAAUCAGGAAAACUUGAAUUGUUCACUGUUGAAGAUUUAGUUAAUUCAAUCAAAUCUCUGGAGCCAAUGGAUACAAGUUGAUCAAUAAAAAGUUAAUUCCAAUUAACUUAACCUUAAUCAUGUUUUGGUAAUUUGAAUUUUCCACUGAACAAUAUAAAAAAGAAAUCAAAAAGACUCAAAGAUCGAUGUCAAUUUAAAUUGUUUCCAAAUGAUUGAUGGUGUGUAAAGACAAUUUAACUUGAUAAUUUUGUUGAAAAUCUUAUAAAUAAGUUUGUUAAUUUUGUCUGAUUAACAAUCACUCAUAUUUUCUGAUUCAUUGAUCAACUCAAUCAAUCGAGAAUCUAUUGCUUUCCAAUUAAUUGUUACAAUCUCCGAACCAACAAUUAAUCACAUCGAUUGUAACUGAACAUGAUAGUCAGACAAUUAAACAUAAUUAACUUUAA